AUGAGUGCGCCCCUCACUACCCCUCUUCAAGAUGUCCAUCAUCAACCCUCGGUGACUAUAGCCAACGAGGCGAGGCACUAUGUCGAUCACCGGCCUCCCUAUCCAGACUCUAUGUGGGAACUUUGGACAAGCUACCAUGAGGGCCCUCUGACCGUCGUCCACGACAUUGGCUCCGGCAGCGGCAACGCUGCAGACGGUCUUUUGACACACACAACAUCGCCUGCCAAGCAUGUCAUCUUGACUGAACCGCGAGACAUCAACAUCAAAGACUGCCGCUCCCGCUUCAGAGACCGCUUCCCCGGAACCAGCUUUACUUACCGGAACUGCCGCGGGGAAGACCCCUGGGAAGCCCCCGUCGGUGUAGAAGACGUUGACUUCGUAAUGGCAUGCGAGUCACUACACUGGACUAUCCUGGCGCCCACCCUUGACAACAUUGCAAAGAGUCUGCGGGGAAAUGGGACUUUUGCGGCCGUCAUUUACGGGCCUUUCCCUGGAAUCACCAACAACACGGUCGCCAAUGCAGCCUUCAAGGCUUUCAUUGGAGAGCACGCCGCUCAUCUCCUGAAGCAAGAGUGGAUGACCGAGAACUGGAAGCGUGCUGCCCGUCAGAUGUUUCAUGGCAUGGACUCUGUUCCGCUGAAAGACGAGAUUUGGAAGGACGUCAAGCGCAUCGAGAUUAACUGUCGCGAUGGCUGGUACGCAAAAGACUACCACCCCCUCGAAGGAACAGCAGACCCAGUAAGACAUCUAGGAACAUCCGAACGUGUGGUCAUAGAUGAUAGCAAGGAUUGGCGGAUCUCUUCCUCGGUUGAUUGGCUGAAGCAAUCACUCGAGUCUAUGAGGUUUGGCUUUACUGAAGAGUCAUGGCAGUCGCCAAAAUGGCAAGAGAUGGCAAAAGAAAUUGGAAAUGGGGCGUUGGAGCUUGAAUGGCAAGUUCACAUGAUUCUCGCUCGGAAAAGGGUAUAG